AUGGUGCAGAAGGUGUACGGAAUGGUACCAUGGCUUGCGAAGAUACCCGGGAUCCAGUGUCGCGAUGUCAAAAGCAGGGACAAUGUUUCUCAAGAUGACGAUGAGGAUGAUCAGUACAUAUUUGAUGCCAAAAUCGGUAUCUUGCAAAAGGUGUUGCGACACAGCAUGUCGAGAUUUUCACUGGAAAGACUCCACAGAUUUCUACAGAAUCUCCUUCAUCUGGCGACUCUGCAAGAGUCUAAAUCUACUAAUCAAAAUGCUUCGCGAGAGGAAACUAGCAAACACACACCGAAAGACAUACACAUCAAAUCUACAGGUCAAAUGAGGACGAUUUUGAAGAAGUUACUUGAGGAUGACAAACGGUCUGGGUUGCCAGCUGAUCAGAUCCAAAUUCUAAAGUCUUUGAGACAUUUCUUAGCUGACGUCUCAUCCAUCAAAAGAAUCAAAGAACAUUUUGACAAGGGGGUCUUCGAAUACCUGAAAUCGAUACAUCAUACGUUAGAUCGCCAAUCUACUGUGAAUUCGAAUUCAAAGAAACGAAAACGACUUGACAAUUUUGACGAAUGUGAUAGCGGAAAUUUUUCGCAGACUGAUAUCGAUGAACAGCAACUGACACCCAGAUCUACCAAAGAGGGUCGUGCUUCCAAAGAACAGCUGUCUCAUAAUCAAAUGGGAUUCUCGUCUGCUUCGUAUAUCGAUGGGAACAUGAAGGAUAAACUGGACAUAACCAUAAAAGAACUAGAAGAUGUUUCUAACCGCUGGUCACGACUCUUGCAAGAUGACGAUCUCGAUAUGAAUGAUUUUGAUCUUGAAAGCCACCACGAAAUUGUCCAUCUAACAGGAUAUUCAAAGUUUGAACCGAUAUUUAGACUUUUCCCAGAUAUAUUUGCAAAGUGCUACAAGUGUAUUGAGUUGUCAAAACAGUGGUGGGAUAUAUUGCAUGAAAUCUAUAAAGACGUUCCUCGGAGAGGAAAAAGAAUCACAACCUCGAACGAUUCUGCUAAAAUCACAUCAGAAUGUAGUGUUUCACGCACCGGAUCCACUAUUGACACUGAUUCACAUGUUGCAGUUGAUAGUCUGAGGGGAAACCCUAAUAAAGUUGGCGUUAGCAAUAUACCCAAGAUUCGUGUCAUAGAUACACCGGAAGGAGAUGUUAGAAAUAAUACAUCUCGUUCAAAUACGAUGUCUACUUCUACUCCUAGAAGCAAUUAUAGUGUUAAACACGAUGACAGAAAUAAAAGCAAUGAUUCAUUCUUUGCAGACAAACACAAAUCAAAUGCAUCAAUAAACAAUAAGGAAUCUCCAAUUUCAAGGAAACGAGGUGAAACGUUUAUACCCAUUACAAAUCGUCAAAAAAGUCGAAGCGCUAGUUUCCCAUUAAUACUGCUGAAUGGUGUUGCGAAGACACCCACUCCAAAACAUCUGAACAAAAGUCAUGUGCCCAAAACAGACGUUUUACAGUUGAAUGACGGUGACCAGAAACGCGAUUCUGACGACAGUACCACAGCUCAGAUUAAAGUAUUCACUUCUGAAACAUUUACAAAAUUACCUGACAGAAACACGCGGGAAAUGAAAUCGAGGCUGAAAAACAUAAAUAAAUUCCUUCUGGAAUGUCAAGUUCAGUUACAACAGUACUCAAGUGAACAGGCCACCAUGCACAGUAGAGAAAACCGAUUAUUAACCAUGUCCGGAAUUUGGGGUAAACUUGGUCAAAACCUUUCUGAAAUCAUUCAAAAGUACAACAAAAUCAAACACCAGCAAAAAGAACUUGCACAGAAGUUUUCAUACACCAUAAGAGGAACAUCUAAGUACUUCGAUUUGCGGGAAAAGGUAAGGAGAUGCGAGGUGAAACUGCACCAGUACGACAAGACGAUACGUCUGUUGAGAUACCAACAGGCCGUUGUUGGGCAAGACUACAUGCUGGAGAUGGAUCUGAGACCAAACUUCAUCAGAGAAGCCGGGAAUCUUCAGCAACGUGUGAACGAGACAACCCACAGACUGACCGAACUGAGGUUUGAGAAGUACUCCAUUGAACGGGAAUUAGGAAUGGUAAACGAAUUUACUUUCCAUCCUUCGGCAGCUUCCCGCUACAGCCCAAUAAAAGAAGUCGCUUCUGAUGUGCUCACACCAGAUUUCAAAUGUUACGACACACCGCGGUCAUUGUUUGACCACAGUCUGCCAAAAAGCGGCACCAGUACCAGACAAGGCAGUGUGUUGUCGUCCGUUCCUCCAAUGGCUACUGACAUCAGAGAUAUACUGAGUGCAAGCGGUUGCAGUUGUAAGAACGCAGAUACUCAAACUGUGGGAAGAUCACCAAGUAAACGGGAGGGUUCAAGCAGGUAUUCGUCUGCCUCCAGAGCUAGGGGUGAUUCGCCCAAACAACCAGACGACUCGGUGUUAUCUCGCGCCAAGGCCAGCCGAAAUAUGAUAACGAUAGAUAGCUUAUCUUCUGCUACCAAGGACAAACGGAAAAUCAAAAGUCCAUGGCCAAAAUCGAGCGCAAAUCUAAGAAAAUAUAAAAAAUCAUAAACCAUAAUUUUCUAAAAACCAGAGGGGUGCCACCUGUCUUAAUAGGCUUAGGCCACCUUUCUAUUUUCUCACAUUUUAAUACAGUACAAACUGAUCAUAUUAAGGUGGUAUUUCCUUAUAUAUGUGACUGUUUACUAAGAAGAUUGGUUGCAGUUGGUUUACCAAGCAACAUAAUAUGUAACUGAGACAGUGCUCAUUUUUUAAACUGUAGUGACAUUAUAAUUGAGGGGUUAGAAUGGCAGAUUUCACAAAUAAAAUGUAUAUAAACAUUAACAAAGCCAAAUACCAUUUGUAUUAUCGACUUUAUAUAGAUGUCGGAUGUAGGGGUGAGGACAUGGUCAGAGUAAUGUACUAGCCUGACGGUAAACCCCCCCCCCAAAAAAAAAAAAAAAAAAACCCCCAAAAACAACAACACUAGCUACAUGAGUAGUUCAGAACAUAUGUGCACAAAAAUGACCGAAUCGUGCACUUUUUGACAAAAGCAAGAGACUUUGCACACACAUACUAGACAUCAUAGAGAAUAUUUUAAAGAUUGGAGGCAUUCUCAGUAUGACAUGUGACCAUGGCGGACAUUUUUCAAGAUGGCCGUAGCCCAAAAUAGUAUUUUGAACCAUUUUAAUGUGACAUAUGCCAUCAAAAUGUAUACAUUAGGAUACAUUAAGGAUAUUAAAACUGUUAUUUAGUGGCCCUUGUGACAUAUAGGGGGCAAUUUUAGGUUCAAAACCAUGAAACUUUUACCUGAAUAAUAACAUUUAAUCCAUUGCCUUUUCAAGUGAAUCAUAUAUGAAAGAUAUAUAUCUUCAAAAACAAUUUAGAUAUCAUUAGGGGAGCCUAACAGUUGAAAAACAAAAUGAAUGUAGACUUCAUGUAGGCUACUCAGUAUGUAAAGGUAUGUUAACACUAAAUGGCCACACCCCUUGUUUGUGUAACAAACAACGCACAUGUCAGUACUUAUUUAAUUUCUAUUGAGUAUGGGUAUAUAAGUAUGUGAUAAAAUAUUAUUGCUUGUUACAUUUUUUGAUUACCAUGUACACAAUAAAAUGUAAUAUUGAGUCAACCAUACAACACCCUACUUGGACCAGUGACGUCAUAAUCCAAAAUGGCCGUCUUCAAUCACAUUUUAUAUACAUUAUCUUUAUGUGCAUAAUAUUUUCUAUUUAAAACAUUUCAGUAGAAUAUGACUUAUUUAAAUUUUUAAUACCUUAUUAGGUCUUCGAAUAAAUCAGAUUAGGGUAAUAAAAAGGUCAAUUUUGGAUUUUGGAUCCAGAAGACCGAGAUUUUAUCACAUACAAGACUAUUCAGUCAAAACCCUGA